GGCUCCGCUGGCCGCCAGGAUGUGGCCCGAGUGCGCCUUCCCCAGCCCCGUCGCCGCCCUCCUGCUCCGGGCCUGCCUGCUGCUCCCCCCGGCGGACGCCUACAUCCACGCGGUGACGGAUCACAACUCCAGCAUGGACUUCUCGGACCUGCCCGCCCUCUUCGGGGCCCUGCUGCCCAGGGAGGGACUCGUGGGCUACCUGGUGGAGGCCAAGCCGAGCAACGCCUGUCAGCCCAUCGAGGGCCCCCCGGACUCCAGCAACGUCACACAGUUCAUCGCCCUCAUCCGCAGAUACGAAUGCAACUUCGACAUCAAGGUGUGGCACGCCCAGCAGGCCGGGUUCGACGCCGCCAUUGUCCAUAACACGGGCUCCGACGAACUGCUCAAAAUGGCCUGGAAUGAUGAGAGGAUCCGGGAGCAGAUCGCCAUCCCGUCGGUCUUCGUGGGGGAGACGGCCUCUGACUACCUGCGCUCCCUCUUCAGCUAUGAGAAGGGCGCCCACAUUAUCCUGAUCCCCGAGUACAUGUUCCCACUGGGGUAUUACCUCAUCCCCUUCACCGGCGUGGUCGGCAUCAUCAUCGCCGUGAUGUGCACCAUCCUGAUCAUUCGCUGUGUGCAGCACCGGAAGAGGCUGCGGCGUAACCGGCUCUCCAAGGAGCAGCUGAAGAAAAUCCCAGUUCACAAGUACAAGAAAGGGGACGAGUAUGACGUCUGCGCCAUCUGUCUGGAUGAGUAUGAGGAGGGCGACCGGCUGCGGAUCCUGCCCUGUGCCCAUGCCUAUCACUGCCGGUGCGUGGACCCCUGGCUGACGCGGACCAAGAAGACCUGCCCUGUGUGUAAGCAGCGGGUGCUGCGGACGGCCGAGGACUCGGACUCGGAGGGCGAGGGGCCCCCGCGGGGCGAGGAGGAGGAGGAGGAGGAAGAGCAGCACCACUCAGAGCGAACCCCACUGCUGGGCCCCUCCUCUGCCACCGGCCCCCCCUCCUUCGGCAGCAUGGCUGAGGUGCAGGGCCCGCCCUCUGGCGAGGAAGGCUCUGAGGAGGAACAGGAUGGGCCCCAGGGUGCCCCGCAGGGGUGGCCGCCUGAGGGCCAGGAGGGCAGCAUCCUUGUCUGACCCCCAGGAUGGGGCAGCUGGUUGGACUCCCCAGGGGACUCUACCCCCCCAAGCUUUCUUGGUAUUUUAAACUGUGCACAAAACAGGGCCCCCCGGUCGGGAUCUGGGCUUGGACCCCCUUCUUGUGGUGUGGGGUGACCCCCCAGCUCCCCUUCAGGCCUGCAGCCCCUACCCCGGGGCAGUGAUUAUGUGCCAAGGCUCCAGGGCUAUGGGACUCGGGGUGUCAGGGCCUUGGGGGGGAGGGCCUUUUGCACAGCUCAGGGUGGGAGGGGCAUGGUGG